UAAAGCGAGUGGCGAGGUUCCAGCGCUUGUUGGCGUUGCUUCGAAAGGAGGGUCUGCCGUGACCCUUAGCUAGUCUUGCACGGUUUCGAAGCGUGCGUUGCAGUGGAGAACGUGUCAUCGUGGGUCUUCGUUUUUCCGGGGCGGGUGGAUUGCAAUGGGAGGUAAAGGAUCCCGGACUUGAUUUCCGCUUUCUAGAGUGGGGAGGAUCCCCGGACUCUUGACUCGAUCCUCUCUACCGCCGGUUGCCCCAACAGAGCUGGAAAAUGGAGGCAAAUCUGGAUAAGCCAACAGUUCCCAGACCAUCCUUUCUUUCAGCAGUUGAGCUAUCCCCAAGAACUGGCCCAGUGGAUGCUAGUGAUAUUAAAAAAAAUCUAUAUGGUGAUUUUUCUUCAAGUUCCAAUGUAAGCCAGAGAGAGAGCCUGGAGUCCAAAGAACGAAUUCAUGUUUGCCUUCGGGUCAGACCGUUUUUAGAGUUGGAAAGAGAACAUGAUGCUCAGGAGUGUGUUUCUGUGGUUGACUCAACAAGCAUUAUAUUAAAAGCUCCGAAAAGUUCCAAGACGUUUCGCCUUAGUGAAAAAAACUUGCGUCAAAUGGUGCAGAAAUUUACUUUUUCCCAGGUAUUUGGGCCCAAAACAACACAAGAAGAACUCUUUGACCGUGCUGUGAAGCAGCCUGUGUUAGAUUUCCUAAGGGGACAUAGUCGGCUAGUAUUUACUUACGGUGUUACAAAUGCUGGGAAAACAUACACCUACCAGGGUACAGAUGAAGACAGUGGCAUUCUCCCCAGGGCACUGGGCGUGGUGUUUAAAAGCAUUCAAAGCAAACUAUAUCCAGACAUGAAUCUCAAGCCCCAUCGAUGCAGAGACCAUAAAAAGCUGUCUAAAGAAGAAGUGAGAGAAGAAAUGUCUGUAAAAAAUUCAUUGCUUCGCCUCCUGAAAGAGGUAGAUUGCCAAAGCAACAGUAGUAGAACAACGGAUAAUUGUGAAGAUACGAAAGAACCAGAAAAAGAAGCAGACCAGUCUAACCUGGAAGAGGAGAGAGAUGUAAAAUUCUCUAUUUGGGUUUCUUUUUGUGAAAUUUACAAUGAGUGCAUUUAUGACUUAUUGCUCCCAAUAUCCAAUGACAAGAGGAGAAAAAUGCUGCGCCUGGCCCAGGAUAUAAAAGGUUAUUCCUAUGUAAAAGAUCUACAAUGGAUUCAAGUUUCAAACUCAAAAGAAGCUUAUAAGCUUGUGAAACUAGGCUUAAAACAUCAGAGUUCUGCUUCAACGAAACUGAAUGCCAACUCAAGUAGAAGCCAUAGCAUAUUUACUGUGAAAAUGCUAAAAAUUGAUUCGGAAACCACACGUGUGAUGCAAGUCAAUGAAUUAUUUCUCUGUGACCUUGCUGGCUCAGAGCGCUGCACGAGAACCUGCAAUGAAGGGGAAAGAUUAAAAGAGAGUGGAAACAUUAACACUUCAUUGCUCAUUCUAGGCAAAUGCAUCAGUGCCCUGAAGACCAAUCAGCAAUCAAAGCUGCAGCAGCACAUUCCAUUUCGGGAAAGCAAGCUCACUCAUUUUUUUCAAGGUUUCUUCAGUGGGAAAGGGAAGGUCUGCAUGAUAGUAAAUGUCAGCCAGAGUCCCUCGGCAUAUGAUGAAACACUCAACGUGCUCAAGUUCUCUGCAAUUGCUCAAAAGGUCAUGGUACUAGAUCCUUCUGAGUCUCCCCAAGAAGAGACAUUUGACCAGCUGUCCCUUAAAGCAGAAUCUGAAAUGAACGUUGAUGAUGGUGUGUGUUUACCCAUGAAAAGAGCAACUAUAUUUUGGGAGGGGAAUCUGGAAGAUGUGAUAGAAGAUGAAGAGGAGCUGGUGGAAGAUGGCAACGAGGAGUACCAGGGGAAUUGUUUGGCAGAAGAUGCACAUGCAAAGGAGACUGAGGCAACAGAUGAGAUGGAAAGCCAACUUGAAGGCGAAGAUAGUGAUAUCAUUAUCGGAAAAGAAGAGUAUCAAAAGUUACUCGAUAUAAUAGAGGAAUUGAAAAAUAAGUUAAUAGAUGAAAAGAAAGCUAAGCUGCACAUGGAGCUAAAAAUCCGUGAAGAAGUUACUCAAGAAUGUCUUCAGUACUUCACUGCAAAGGAGAGUGAUCUCAAGAAAAUGUUUAGUGAUAAGGAAGAAAUGAUGGAGGACAUCUGUGAAGAGCGCAUGAACAUUUACAAGGAGCUGGUGAAGGAAUGUAUUGCACUACCAGAUGGCAAAGAAGGAGCAGAAGAGACUCUAAAAGAGGAUGAAAAAGUGGGAGGUGAAGGUGGAGAACCUGAAAACGUGGCUGAUCUUCCCAGUAUGGUGGUGUCACUGCAACAUAACGUUGCUGAUAUUAAGCAACAGGCAGAGAUGGCAUUUGGCGUGCUUGACGCUUUGGAAGAACCUCAACUGACUAUUGAGCGACUUGAAAAGCAAUUGGCUGACGUUACAGCAGAGCUAGCCCAUGCUCGAGAGGACCUCUUGAACCAGAAUAAAGCAGAGGUAAUGCAAGAAAAUAAACUGAGCGAAUCUGCUAAAGUUCUUCAAGAUGCUACUGAGAAAAUGGCUCUACAGAACAAACACAUCCAGGAGCUGAGUGAAGCUGUGAAGCAAAAGGACAAACAAAUAAGUCAGCUACAAGGUCUGGUUGGUCACUUGGAAGCUACCAUAAAAGAUUCUGAGAUCACCAUUGCGACUAUAAAACAGCAAAUGGAACAGGAAAACAGUAGUGCAAUGGAGCACACCCACUGCAGUGAAUCCAAGGAGACAAAUGUGGGUCCUGGAAGGAAACGAUACUUUGAAAGGGAAGAAGGAGGCCCCCCUUCGAAGCAAGGAUUCAUUCACAACAGUUCUAAAGAUGCCAUAGUCUCAGAGACAGCUGAUGAAACACAACCCCAUCCUUUGAAGGAAAAGGGAGAAAUGGUGGCCUUGGAGGAAAAAAAUAAAAUGUUAGAAGUUCAGUUGGCCUUACUUAGAGAAAAGUUAGAAAAAGAGGAAAAUGAGAAGGAGGGAUUUUCCAGAGAAAUAGCUAGAUUGUCUCAAGCUCUUUCUUCAGAAAAGGAAAGAGCUUCUGGCUUGAAUAGGGAACUCCAGCAGCAGCAGGCAAAUUAUGAGCAGGCAACACUUGAAAUAGCUGUGCUGAAAGAGAGAAAUAAGAGCCAAGAGGAGAAAAUUCAGACUCUGCUUCAAGAGAUAGGUGCCGCUAGCCAAAUCAUUGUAGAAGAAAAAUUACAGAUAAAGACACUUGAAGCAGAAAUGGGUUUAUUGAACAGGUUAGGGUCACAUUGCCCUGUGGUAGAUGUUGACUUGGCAAAUCAAGAAAAUAUGUCAAGAGAUGAGCAUUUGCCGACCCAUGUUAAUGCUGGUCAAAAGAGUUCAUUUCACAGUAGUGUUGAAGGUAUCUGGAAAAUAAGCCAGCAGAUCAUUAAUGCUUCAACUCAAAAAAGCAGUUGUAUUGGAGACCUCAUGCAACAGGUUGAGCAGUUGCAGAGGAGAACUUUGGAGGCUGAUGAGGAGAAUUCUCAGCUGAAGUUGAAACUGAGCGAAACUGUCAGUCAGAGAGAUGCAGCUAUGCAGGAGAAGACAUCCCUUCUUAAUCAGCUAAGGGACUUGCAACAGGAAAAUGCUUGUUAUGCCAAAAAAUAUGAGGAAGCAGAGAAUAGAGCACUUGCCCAUUUGGAGAGAAUAAAAACAAAUGAGGACCUCUUCGAAGAGUGUAGAGCAAAGGAUGUCAGAAUAGCUUCUUUAGAGCAAAUUGUGAAAGAUAAAGAUUCAGCCAUUUUAGUGAUGGAACAAACGGUUCAAGGCAUGGAGGAGAAGCUUAGCAUUUCAGAAGCUAAAAUCAGGAAAUUCACAGAUCAGGAAUCACAACUAAAGAUGGAAGUUCUAGAGCUGAAAAGAAUGAUUGAACUUGAGGGAAAGAAGAAAGAAGAGUCAAAGCAAGCCACAAAAGAAUUAAAAGAAGAGCUAUUAAAGAGCACUGAUCUUUCUUCCCGCCUUCAAGCAGAAAUCCAACAGAAAGAUGAAGAAUAUGCAGAUCUGAAGGAGAAGUUGGCUGAUACCAAAAAGCAGAUUGAGCAGGUUCAGAGACAGGUGUGCAGCAUGCGUGCUGAAGAGAAAUUGCUGCGGAGUAAAGUUAAUGAACUUGAGAAGGCCAAAGGCCAGCUAACUGGAGAACUAGACCUCAAGCAGCGGACAAUCCAGCAAUUUAAGAAGGAUGAUCUGAGUAAGAAGCUGGAGGACGCUUUACAGCAGUACCAGAAAACAUGUGAAGAUGUACGUUCCAAAGACAAAAUCAUUGAAAAUAUGAGACUGACUUUAGAGGAGCAAGAACAGACUCAGUCUGAACAAGAUCAAGUUCUUCAGACCACAUUAGAAGAGAAUGAAAGGUGUAAGGCAGAAUUGGAAAAGUUGGAAAAAAGAUACUGUGAGCUAAAGGAGCAGAAAAAUGAUCUGAGGCCACAAGACAUUAAUGAAGUCUAUGAAAAACGCACAACCUUGCUUCAUGAACAAUUAAAACAAUUGCAAGAGAAACUGGAGGAAGGCAAAGAACAGCAUGAAACAGAUCGUAGGAAGUGGCUAGCAGAAAAGAUGCUCCUCAUAACUCAGGCGAAAGAAGCGGAAACUCUCCGUAACAAGGAGAUGAAAAAAUUUGCUGGAGAUAAAGAACAUUAUGCCAAGCAACUCACAGAAGCAGAAAAACUUGUGGCAGAAAAAGAUCAUGACCUUCAAAGAUGGCGAGUAGAAAGAGACCAACUCGUGUCAGCUCUAGAAGUUCAGCUGAGUUCUCUAAUCUCGAGUAAUGCACAGAAAGACAAAGAAAUAGAAGAAUUGAAAAAGAUGCUCCUGAAAUCUUCUAGGAAGGAACACAAGACUAUCACUGAAGGAUUUCAAGAUGAUGAUUCUAAGGAACUAACAGAGAUUACCAGUGAGAAUAUUGCCCCUGCAGUGUUGACUAUUUCAAAUGGAACAAAAAACACUCAGGCAGAAGAUCCCAGUAACUCGAAGCAGGUGCAGCUUAAAGAAAAACAAGCUGACUUGCCAAAUUGCAACACUGCUGGGAACGUUGGAUCUAGCAAGGUAUCUUCAGGAGAAAAUAUUCAGGACCAAUCAGAUGCUGUCUUAGAUUCUUGUGAAGUAUCUUCUGAGAGUGACCAAGCUAGCCGCUUUCCAAAACCUGAAAUGGAGAUUCAGUUUACACCUUUGCAGCCCAAUAAGAUGGAAGUAAAGCAUCAAGGAAGUCCUUCCACAGUGACUCUUAAGGUGCCCAAGUCAAGGAAAAGGAAGAGCAACACCAUGCAUGAGAGCAAUAUGCUGUCAAGUUUCUGGAAAAACAAACUUAGAAAUAAGGGCAUUUCUGAUGUCAGUCAGACUGCUCCUAACUCCUCCCUCAGAAAGGAUUAUUCCUUAAGAACUAAACAUUAUGCAUCAAAUAUAAAAUCAACAGCAUCCCCAGGUGGAACUCUACAAAAAUUUGGCAAUCUCUUGCAGAAUUCCCCUACAAUAAUACAAUCUAAAGCAAAGAAGCUGAUGGCCACAAUGAAAUCUCCCAAAUCUACUGAGGAAGAAUCAGUUAAGGAAAACGAUGCCAGGCCCAAGAAAUCAAGACGAAAGCUCUACUCAACCAACAUUUCUACUCCUAUUGAAUUUUCUGGUCAAGUGAUUGUUAUGGAUCAAAAGGAAAGCGAUCAUGAAAUUAUCAAGCGACGGCUCCGAAUUAAAAAAAAAUAGUGAUGUUCUUUCCACGGAGAAUCAUGUACAAAAUUCUUCUGUAGAUGUUAUCAAUGUUGUAAUUGCUCCUUCAGUUUUUUUCAAAAUUUUUGUGUAGAUUUUGUCGAUACUGCUAUAAAAAUUAGACACAGAGAAUUAAAAUG